AUGAGGAAGACUGUAGCGCGGCAGCAGCGCUUUGCCCUGCCGUGCGUGCAGCAGAGCAUGCGCGCCCGCAUCGGUGGCGACAAUGCGGUUAUUCAUUACUGCAGCCUGGGCGCCUGGUCCUGCCCGAGCUUGACAAGCUGCCUGCACCGGGCCCUUUGGACAACCGGGAUGCUGAGCCGGACUCAGGGCACGCCAGGAGCAUCCGCCCGCAGCAGGCUGAGCCCGUACCGGACAGCUGACACGGGACAGCGAUUCGGCAUUUUUGGCACCUGCCCUGCUAAUUUUUCCCUUUUCUGGUUGCCCCGACAGUGUGCCGGGGAAGAGAAGCGGGUUGGUACGCGCACCGUGGUGGUCGGGCACCGUCCGGUUUUGGAAACAGAUGCGUACGUGGCACAGAAGUUCUGCGACAACAGGAUCGUGUCCUCCAAGUACACCCUCUGGAACUUCCUCCCGAAGAACCUUUUUGAGCAGUUUAGAAGAAUUGCCAACUUCUACUUCCUCAUCAUCUUCCUCGUGCAGGUGAUAGUGGACACCCCGACCAGCCCGGUGACCAGCGGCCUCCCGCUUUUCUUUGUCAUCACUGUCACAGCUAUCAAACAGGGAUAUGAGGACUGGCUGAGGCACAGAGCUGACAACGAAGUGAACAAAAGCAAUGUCUUCAUUGUCGAAAAUGCAAAGCAAGUGCAGAAAGAGAGUGAAAAAAUCAAGGUUGGAGACAUAGUAGAAGUGAAAGCGGAUGAGACCUUCCCCUGUGAUUUGAUAUUUUUAGCCUCAAGCAGCAUUGACGGGACCUGUUACGUCACUACAGCGAGUCUCGAUGGCGAGUCCAAUUUCAAGACUCACUACGCAGUGCGGGAUACCACCGUGCUCUGUACGGAUGAAGCCAUCGACGCCCUCACUGCCACGAUCGAGUGUGAACAGCCGCAGCCCGACCUCUACAAAUUUGUUGGAAGAAUUAUCAUCUACAGAAGCAACCAGGAGCCCAUAGCCAGGUCUUUGGGUCCUGAAAACCUGUUGCUGAAAGGUGCUACCCUCAAAAAUACCAAGAAGAUUUAUGGAGUUGCAGUCUAUACGGGAAUGGAAACGAAAAUGGCUUUGAACUACCAAGGGAAAUCUCAGAAACGGUCUGCUGUAGAAAAAUCUAUCAACGCUUUCUUGAUAGUGUAUUUGUGCAUCCUAUUGAGCAAGGCUACUGUGUGCACGACUCUGAAAUAUGUCUGGCAGAGCAAUCCAUUUAAUGAUGAGCCUUGGUACAACGAAAAGACUAAAAAAGAGAGAGAGACGUUCAAGGUCUUGCGGAUGUUCACGGACUUCUUGUCAUUUAUGGUCCUCUUCAAUUUUAUUAUCCCAGUCUCCAUGUACGUUACAGUAGAGAUGCAGAAAUUCUUGGGUUCCUUCUUCAUCUCUUGGGACAAGGAGAUGUACGAUGAAGAAAUUAAAGAGGGGGCCUUGGUGAACACCUCGGACCUCAACGAAGAGCUCGGGCAGGUGGAGUACGUCUUCACGGACAAAACCGGGACCCUGACGGAGAACAGCAUGGAGUUCAUCGAGUGCUGCAUAGACGGGCACAAGUACAAAGACUGUAUUUCGGAGGUGGAUGGCUUCUCUCAGACUGAUGGACCCCUAAAAUAUUAUGGCAAAGCAGAAAAGAGCCGCGAGGAGCUGUUCCUGCGAGCCCUCUGCCUGUGCCACACCGUUCAGAUCAAGGAAGCAGACCAGGUGGAUGGGCUGAUAGGACAUCCAGAAUGCAAAUACUCCUAUAUCUCCUCUUCCCCAGAUGAAAUUGCUUUGGUGAAAGGCGCAGAAAAGUAUGGUUUCACUUUUCUAGGACUUGAAAACGAUUUCAUGAAAAUAAGAAACCAAAAGAAUGAAACUGAAAUGUACCAACUUCUCCAUGUGUUGAAUUUUGAUCCUGUCCGUCGUCGUAUGAGUGUCAUUGUGAGAACCUCCACGGGAAAGUUGCUUCUCUUCUGUAAAGGAGCAGACUCCUCUAUUUUUCCAAGGGUGCAGCAAGAAGAAAUCCAACAAACGAAAGUCCAUGUGGACCGCAACGCUAUGGAUGGCUACCGAACGCUUUGUGUGGCGUUCAGAGAACUAACUCAGAAGGAGUACGACAAAAUUGACAGACAGCUUAAUGAAGCUAAGAUGGCUCUGCAGGACAGGGAGGAAAAGAUGGCAAAGGUUUUUGAAGACACAGAAGCAGACAUGCACUUGAUUGGGGCCACUGCCGUAGAAGACAGGCUGCAGGAGCAGUCAGCAGAGACGAUAGAAGCUCUGCACGCAGCCGGCAUGAAGGUUUGGGUGCUGACGGGAGACAAGAUGGAAACUGCCAAAUCCACCUGCUACGCCUGCAGGCUCUUCCAGACCAGCACCGAGCUGCUGGAGCUGACGGCGAAAACCGUGGGGGAGAGCGAAAGAAAGGAGGAUCGGCUCCAUGAGCUGCUGAUGGAGUACCAUAAAAAGCUGAUUCAGGACGUUCCCAAAAACCGGGGAGGCCUGAAGAGAAGCUGGACGUUGAGUCAAGAAUACGGCCUGAUAAUAGAUGGCUCAACGCUGUCGCUGAUACUCAACCCUUCUCAGGACUCCAGUUCUAGUAAUUACAAAAACAUAUUUCUACAAAUCUGCUUGAAGUGUACCGCAGUCCUCUGCUGCCGGAUGGCUCCUUUGCAGAAAGCACAGAUUGUGCGAAUGGUGAAGAACACAAAAGGGAGCCCCAUAACACUCUCCAUAGGGGAUGGUGCAAAUGAUGUCAGUAUGAUUUUGGAAGCACACGUUGGAAUAGGUAUAAAAGGCAAAGAAGGACGGCAGGCUUCCAGAAACAGUGACUAUGCUGUGCCAAAGUUUAAACAUUUAAGAAAAUUGCUACUAGCACAUGGGCAUUUAUAUUAUGUGAGAAUAGCACACCUUGUACAGUAUUUCUUCUAUAAGAACCUUUGCUUCAUUUUACCGCAGUUUUUAUACCAGUUCUUCUGUGGAUUCUCACAGCAGCCACUGUAUGAUGCUGCUUAUCUUACCAUGUACAACAUCUGCUUCACAUCACUACCUAUCCUGGCUUACAGCCUCCUGGAGCAGCACAUCAACAUCGACACGCUGACCUCAGAUCCUCAGCUGUAUAUGAAGGUUUCGGAUAAUGCAAUGCUGCAGUGGAGGCCGUUCCUGUACUGGACCUUUCUGGGCGCCUUUGAAGGGCUCGUGUUUUUCUUUGGGGUUUAUUUUCUUUUUCAAAAUUCAUCGCUGGAAGAUAACGGAAAGGUUUUUGGGAAUUGGACCUUUGGGACGAUUGUUUUCACCGUGCUGGUGUUCACCGUCACUCUGAAGCUAGCGUUAGAUACCAGAUUCUGGACGUGGAUGAACCACUUUGUGAUUUGGGGCUCCCUUGCCUUCUAUGUGUUUUUCUCGUUCUUUUGGGGAGGAGUCAUUUGGCCUUUCUUGAAGCAGCAAAGAAUGUAUUUUGUAUUUGCCCAUAUGCUGACUUCUGUUUCCACGUGGCUGGCAAUAAUUCUCCUGAUCUUUAUCAGCCUUUUCCCAGAAAUUCUUCUAAUAGUUUUAAAAAAUAUAAAAGAGAAAAAUCAUCAGGUAACGAAGCGCCUUCCUUCCUCAGGAACAUCCACUAUCUUCAUGCUUUCUCAAACUUCCAGCAAUCACAGCUUUUCUUGGAGUGAAUAAGAGCAGCAGGAAGGC